CACAUCCCCACACAGAUAAAGCGGUAGCGACAUUACUGCGAACACCUCUCGUGCUCUCUCCCUUUUUAUAGUAGUCACAUGAAACCGAUCUUAAGCAUCGCCUCCUCUUCAUCCUCCUCCUCCUCCUCUGCUCAAACGGCUACAAUUUUCGAAUUGGAUCGAACGAGGUGGUGGUAGUGGUGGUGGUGGUGGUGGUGGUAGUAGGAGAAGAGGAGGAGGAGGAGGACGAUGGAUUUGAGCUCGUUUUUGACGUCGCUCGCCACCUCCUUCGUCAUCUUCGUGGUGCUGAUGCUCGUGUUCGUGUGGCUCUCGCGGAAACCGGAGAACGCGGUGGUGUACUACCCGAACCCUAUUUUGAGGGGAUCGGAUCCGUGGGAUGGGGCGCGGAGGAGGACGAGGAGCCCCGUCGGGUGGAUCGCCGAGGCGUUCUCCGCCUCCGAAGCCGACGUCGUCGCCGCGGGGGGCGUCGACGCCGUCGUCUACUUGAUCUUCCUCGCCACAGUUAUGGGGAUAUUGGUCUUCUCCGGCAUUGUGUUGCUUCCUGCUCUUCUUCCAGUUGCUGGAACUGAUCACGCUCUGGUCGAUGCUUCUAAAAACAACAAGACUGCCGGAAACUUCACCAGCAUCGACAAGCUUGCAAUGGGCAAUGUCAAAAAUGGUAGUCAGAGGCUGUGGGCAUUUCUGUUAGGAGUGUAUUGGGUUUCCUUUGUCACCUAUUACAUCUUAUGGAGAACCUACAAGCAUGUCUCCAAUCUGAGGGCUGCUGCAAAAUCAAGUCCGGAUGCGAAGCCUGAAGAGUUUGCCAUAUUGGUUAGGGAUGUGCCUAAACCUUCACCUGGUCAAAGCAUAAAAGACCACGUUGACUCGUAUUUUAAAGCGCUACAUCCUGAGACGUUCUAUCGAUCGAUGGUUGUCACUGAUAACAAAGAGGCCAACAAAAUAUGGAAAGAGAUAGAAGCCAAUAAGAAGAAACUUGCUCGUGCUGAAGCCGUGUAUGCAGAAUCGAAAUCCACAAGCAGACCAGAUGGAACUAGACCAACCCACCGAACCGGCUGUCUUGGUCUUGUGGGUGAAAAAGUCGACACCAUCAAUUACUGCAAUGAGAAAAUCAACGAAUUACUUCCCAAAUUAGAGGCGGAACAGAAGAUCACUCUUCGUGAGAAACAACAAUCCGCAGCCAUCAUAUUCUUCAACAGCAGGCCUGCUGCAGCUUCUGCAUCACAGACGAUCCAUGCUCAGAAUACCAACACGUGGGCGGUGUUGGAAGCUCCUGAGCCACGCCAAGUUCUAUGGACUAAUCUCCCGAAGAAACUAUACGAGAGGCAAUUACGACAGGCUGUAGUGUACGUCAUCGUUUUUCUAACGGUGGUGUUCUACAUGGUUCCUAUCACAUUCAUCUCCGCAUUUACUACUUUGGAUAAUCUUAAGAAACUGCUACCCUUUUUGAAGAUAGUAGCGGACCAAAUAGAAAUAAAGACGGUUUUGGAGGCUUAUUUGCCUCAGAUCGUGCUUAUUGUUUUUCUGGCAUUGCUGCCUAUGUUCCUCAUGAUUCUGUCUAAGGCGGAGGGACUCGCUUCUGAGAGCCAUGCUGUACGAGCUGCGGCUGGAAAGUACUUCUACUUCGUUGUUUUCAACGUCUUCAUUGGCGUUACUCUCGCGGGAACAUUGUUCAGUUCGUUGAAGAGCAUUUUGAAUCAUCCUACUCAGAUUGUUCCACUGCUUGGCAGAAGCCUGCCAGGAAAUGCUACUUUCUUCCUCACUUUCGUUGCUCUCAAAUUCUUCGUCGGCUAUGGGCUCGAGCUCUCUCGUUUGGUUCCUCUAAUCAUAUUUAACCUUAAGAAGAAGUUCCUUUGUAAGACCGAAGCAGAGGUGAAAGAAGCAUGGGCUCCUGGCGACCUGGGAUACGCUACUAGAGUUCCAAAUGACAUGCUCAUCAUGACAAUCGUUCUCUGCUACUCUGUGAUUGCUCCUUUAAUCAUACCCUUCGGCGUUGUGUAUUUUGGCCUUGGAUGGCUUGUAGCAAGAAAUCAGGUUCUAAGAGUUUAUGUGCCAAGUUACGAGAGCAACGGCCGAAUGUGGCCCCACAUGCACACGCGAAUUAUUGCAGCUUUACUAGUCUAUCAGAUCACCAUGUUGGGCUUCAUCAUCCUGAAGGAAUUCUGUUACGCUCCUUUCUUGAUCCCUUUGAUCCCGAUCACCUUCAUUUACGCCUUUAUCUGCAAAAACCGAUUCUACCUCGCUUUUGCCCACACCCCUCUGGAGGUCGCGAGCCGUGAGAUAAAGGAAACCCCGAAUAUGGAAUCGAUAUAUACAGCAUUCAUUCCCCCUUGCUUGAAGCCGGAGAAACCCGAUGAUAUCGAUCACUUCGAAGACGCCCAAUCGCAUACAUCUAGAUCUACAUCCUUAACUUGAUUCUCAAAACAGCAUUCGCAAUGGUUUUUGUGGUCAACUCCGAAGGUGCUUUUCCUUUACCAAGCUAAGAAAAUUGUUGUAUAUAUGUGAUUGUUUGCUGCAAAAUGUGUUAUCAGGGUGUAGACACGUUUCGUUCCCCUAGAUAGCGUUAGUAAAGGGGUUUUCUUUUUUUCGUUUUGUUUCCGUUAUUUUCCAUUGCGAGGAACUAAGAAGUAUCAGUUGUGAUCUCUCUCCUCUUAUCUAGGACUAGCAAUCUGGUUUGUUGCUGUGGAUAUUGUUAGAAACUGCCCCAGCUUGUUCCAGUGGUUUGUUUUGCUUGUGCGAGAAUUUAAUAAACUCGGUUCUGUUUGAUUCAUUUAUAA